UCUGAAAUGUUUUCGGCCGGAAGACUCUCAUGACGCACAAUUAGUCUUCCCAUGCUAGCACAACAGUAAAUCUGGUUUAAUGGUUUAAUUUAUAAACAAUUCAGAUUAUUUAGGCUAAAUCGACUCCAUGAUGCUGGACAAGAGCACGGUGUCAGUCGUGGCAGACAUAUUCUUCAGCAGAAAACAUACAUCCGAAGAAAUAAUCCACUGCUGCUGCUCCAGAGCUUUCGUAAAUGAUCGAGAGUUAUAUCGGUCAGACAAUAGACUUCUCACACCUGAUCAGGCAGACUCACCAAUCCAAGAAGAGGAGAACGAAGAAGAAGAGGGCGAUGAAGAAGUUGAAUUUUUAGAUGAAGAGGCUCAACUGAUGUCUAGUAUGGGUCUGCCACUUGCCUUUGCCAGCUCUUCCAGCCAGCGUAAAAAGGAGAAGAGAUCUACCAAACGACCAGUUACUGAUCAGACACAAUCUCUUGAGGAACAUUUGGAGUUUACUGACAAAGACAUCCGUGAUCCUCUGGAAGAAGGACUGAAGACAGAGACGCUGGAUGAAGCAGUCGAAACCCCAUCUGCCAAUGAUGCUGGCUGGGAGACAUACUGGGCUCAACAAGGUGAAGCUCUUCUGUGGAACAGCUGGCUGGAGAAACAUCCUGAUGACUUGCCGUCUACAGAAGACUCCCAAUGUGUGACUUCCCCAUGGGACGACCCCAACAAAAAAGCCAUCUGGGAUCAACACACAGCAGACACCUAUUAUUACUAUUGGGAGCAAUACUCAUACUGGGCAGCACAGGGCUGGACCACAUCUUGUGAGAAGAACACUUGGGAAGAAACUACAAAUGAGCGGGUGGAUGAAAGCAUAGUGAACCAUUCAGAGGAACGGCUGGAUGAAAAAAAUGAUGGUGUCGAGGUUUUAAAUGGUCUCCUUGAAAAGAACUGCACUUUAAAGGCAGGUGGGAACAUCUCAGCUGACUCUGGAACAACCAGACAACCUUCCGAUAUGACCAGUGUUACAAAGGAACAUGCAGAAGACUGUAUUUCUGAGCCCUCUGAUGGGGGUAAUUCUGGUAAGAAAUCAGAUGUUUCCUCACACCAGGAAGGAACCCAACUUACAGAGUCUCAGCAGCCUGCAGGGAGUCUCAACAUACAUAUAGGUUCUUCGAAUCAGGUAUCAAAUGGGGAAGAUGAUGAUGAUGACGAAAAUCCCUCCAAAGGCGGACUAAGUAAAAUAAAACGCAGUCAUGAAUUUGAUGUGGAGGAGAACCCACAUCUAACAUGUGACGAAGCCUGGAACAGACUUGGACUGAAACACAAUCCAGAGUCACGGUUUGACAGUGUUUUUAACUUUAAAAGCAGCUUUAGCCAGAAGCGUCAGAAGCGGUGGUGCUCCAAGAGACCUGGCAGCAGUGUGAACACACACAUCAGAUUCACUGAAGAUGAAGAUGGAACUCAACCUCAGUGUAGCACCAUCCUACAAAAGGUUCAAAACUUUCUUGGGGCGAUUCAGAGUGAAGCACAUGCGAAUUUAAACGAACAACAACAGCAUGGAGGAAAAAGCAUGCACUCUGAGGAGGAGCCUCCCACUUCAUCCGACAAAAAUGACGUCAGUAGUGAGAACGUUGCACAUGGAAGUCAUACAUCAUUUGAAGAGGAGAGUCCUAAUUUCCCGGACUUUGAGAAGAAGGAUAUCGAGAGGGAGGAAUCAACUAGGCAAUUGGAAUGUUUGGAAGUCCCAGACUUUCUCUUGCCCGACAAACCUCCAGGCAAUGUUGAAGCAAAAAAGCCAAAGAAGAUGAAUAAACGCUGGAGGAAGCAGAAGAUACCGGCAGACAUGGCAUCAGAACCAGGGCUGGCCAAAUACUGGGCUCAGCGGUACAGACUCUUCUCUCGCUUUGACGAAGGAAUCAAACUGGACAGAGAGGGCUGGUUUUCUGUGACACCCGAGAAGAUUGCCGAGCACAUUGCCCUCAGAGUGGAGUCCAGCUUUUCCAACACUCAGCUGAUCAUUGAUGCAUUCUGUGGAGUUGGAGGAAAUGCUAUCCAGUUUGCACUGACUGGGAAAAGAGUCCUAGCUGUUGAUAUUGACCCAGUACGUCUGGACUUAGCACGCCACAAUGCUACCGUUUAUGGGGUCGCACAUCAAAUCGAGUUUAUUCAAGGGGACUUCCUUCAGCUGGCGCCUCGUCUCUGCGGCGACGUUGUCUUCUUGUCGCCCCCCUGGGGAGGACCAGAUUACCUGACUGCAGAGGUGUUUGACAUAAAGACCAUGAUGGAACCUGACGGUUUUCAGAUUUUUCAUCUGGCUAAACAAAUAUCAGACAACAUUGUGUAUUUCUUGCCUCGCAACGCAGACAUGGAUCAGAUUGUCUCCCUGGCUGGUCCUGGAGGUAAGGUGGAGGUAGAGCAGAAUAUCCUCAACAACAAGUUAAAGACCUUAACUGCUUACUUUGGCAGUUUGAUUAGGAAUGACACCUAAACUUAGUACCAAAUCUUUUGAAGUUCUUGAUUUGCACUGGAUUCAUUAAGUUUAUAAAAAUGCCACAGGGACUUUAUUUCGUACUUUUUAAUCAGGAUGUCUGUCUUGUACCUGUAAAGUACAACACAUUUUAACGAUUGUUUAUAAUGUCAUCUAUUUUGCAAUGCACUCUUAAUCACUUUGUGUUAUGAAACAAAUGUUUUCAUUUUUUUAUAAAAAAGUGCUUGUUCAUGUCCACAUAUGGGCUGGAAGACUUGUUUUAUGGAAUGGUAAAGAAGAUUUAGGAACCUGCAUAAACCAUAAAGUGUUUAUUAAAAUGUUUAUACAGUAUGUAUAGUAUACAGGUGUAGUCAAGGCUCAAUAUGCAUUGGCACCCAUGUGUUUUUGUCAAAUAACACGAGAUCUCACAGAAAAUUAGAGCAAAAACAAAUGCUUGGUUGUCAACACGAAAAGCCAAAUCUGAUCAUUCCACACAGACCUCCUAAAAUAGACUGGAUAACAUUUCUGCAACUCUCAACUUCAUACUUGGUAGCACACCCUUUGGAAAAACUGGUCCGCCAACUGCUCAGGUCGCCCUAAUUUGAGGAAUGCUUCUCACUGACGGAGCUAGAAGGGGUGCUGCGAGGGCACUG